AUGGCGGUAGCCGGCCCUAUCUCCAUGGGCCCCGCCCUGGGUCUCUCCUCCGCGGCUGGCCUCAUCUCGAUGCUCGAGGAGACCGAGGUGCAGCUGCAAACCACCGCGCUGCGAUCGCUGAACAAGGUCAUCGACACGCACUGGGCCGAGGUGGCGGGAUCCAUCUCGGUCAUCGAGGCGAUGUACGAGGACGAGUUCUUCGCACAGCGCGAGCUCGCGGCGCUUUUGGCCUCCAAGGUCUUCUACCACCUCGGCGAGCUCAACGAUGCGCUCAACUACGCACUCUGCGCCGGCAGCAUGUUUGACGUCACCGAGUCCAACGAUUUCGUCAAGACCCUGCUCGCGAUCGACGAGUACAUCGAGCAGAGGCAGAAGCCCGAAGCCGAGCAGGCGAUCGACGCGCGGCUCGUGUCCAUCGUCGAGCGGAUGUUCCAGCGGUGCUUCGACGAUGGUCAGAUCCACCAGGCCAUCGGAGUCGCGCUCGAGACCAAGCGCCUGGACAAGCUGGAGGAGGCCAUCCACAAGAGCACCGACGUGGCGGAGGCGCUUAACUACGCGACAAGGGUGUGCCAGACGCUCGUCACGUCGAGGGAGUUUCGCCGCGAGGUGCUCACGGUGCUGGUGCGCAUGUACGAGAGCGAUCACGUGGAGAACAACUACCUGAACGUGUGCCAGUGCCUCAUGUUCCUGGACGACGCGGACGGCGUAGCGGCGAUCCUCACCAGGCUCGUCGAGGGCGAGGAGGACGAUCAGCUCUUGGCGUACCAGAUCGCCUUCUCCCUGUGCGAGAAUGAGAUUCAAAAGUUUCUUUCCAACGUCGCGUCCAAGCUGGCGCCCUCGCCCAAGGAUACCCCUCGCGAGAACGGCGCCGACGAGGACGCCGCCAUGGAGGACGGCGAGGAGGACAAGAAGGAAGACGAGGAGAAGAAGGCGGAGGAGAAGAAGGAGCCCAUCGCGCUGCUCCGCUCGGUGCUCUCCGGCGAGCUCCCCGUCAACCUCCACCUCGAGUUUCUGUACUCGCACAACGCCGCCGACCUCCUGCUGCUCAAGCAGAUGCGUUCCGCGGUGGAGUCCAGGAACUCCGUGUGCCACUCCGCGACCGUGCUCUGCAACGCGUUGAUGCACGCGGGCACCACCGUGGAUACUUUCCUCAGGGAGAACCUCGACUGGCUCAGCAGGGCGACGAACUGGGCGCGGUUCUCGGCGACGGCGGGGAUGGGCGUGAUUCACCGCGGGCAGCUCAACGAGGGCCGCACGCUGAUGGGACCCUUCUUGCCCCGCGAGGGCGGCGCCGGGGGUGCGCGCCCGAGCCCCUACACCGAGGGCGGCGCCCUGUACGCGCUCGGUCUCAUCCACGCCAACCACGGCGAGGGUAUCCUGCCCUUUCUGCUCGAGUCGUCCCGCUCCAGCAACAACGAGGUUAUCCAGCACGGCGCGUGCCUCGGCCUCGGUCUGGCCGCGCUCGGCUCCGGCAACGAGGAGGUGUUCACCGACAUGUUCCGAAUCCUCCGCACUGACGGUGCCAUCGCGGGCGAGGGUGCCGGCGUCGGCAUGGGCCUGCUCCUCGCGGGCUCCGGCGCCGUCGACAAGCAGCAGCAAAUUCUCAACUACUGCCACAAGACGCAGCACGAGAAGAUCAUCCGCGGGUGCUCCGUCGGCCUGGCGCUCACCGCGUACGGCCGCGAGGAGGAGGCCGAGCCCCUCAUCGAGCAGAUGGUGCGCGACAGCGACCCGAUCAUCCGCUACGGCGCGUGCCUCGCCACCGCAUCGGCGUACGUGGCCACCGGAAACAACGCGGGCAUCCGGCGCCUCUUGCACGUCGCCGUGUCCGACGUGUCCGACGACGUUCGAAGGGCCGCGGUGAUGUCGUUGGGUUUCGUGCUGUGCUCCACCCCGAGCCAGUGCCCGAGGGUCGUUAAGCUCCUCGCGGAGUCUUACAACCCCCACGUGCGCUACGGCGCCGCGAUGGCUGUGGGUAUCUCGUGCUCCGGCACGGGCAUGAAGGAGGCUGUCGCGCUCCUCGAGCCCAUGCUCACCGACGCGGUUGACUUCGUGCAACAGGGUGCGCUCAUCGCCAUGGCCAUGGUGAUGGUGGAGCAGUCCGAACAGUCCCUGGCGCCCUUCCGCAAGAGGCUGAUGAACCACAUCCAGGACGAUCGAGAGGUGACGAUGACCAAGAUGGGCGCCAUCAUGGCGCAGGGCAUCAUCGACGCCGGCGGGCGAAACGUGACCAUCGGCCUCCGGGCCAAGUCGGGCUACCCAAGGAUGACCGCCGUGCUCUCCAUGCUCGUGUUCACGCAGUACUGGUACUGGUACCCGCUCUCCUACUUCAUAUCCCUCACCUUUGUGCCCACCGCGUUCAUCGGCCUCGACUCCCAUCUCAAGAUGCCGAUGUGCUCGGUGACGUCGCACUGCAAGCCUUCGCUCUUCGCCUAUCCCGCGCCUGUCAACCUCGACGACAAGAAGGACAAGGGCAAGCUCGUCAAGGCUGUCCUCUCCACCACCGCGAAGGCCAAGGCUAAGGCGGCGAAGAAGGCCAGGGAGGAGGGCAAGGAGGCUGAGGGCAUGGACGUCGACGGUGACAAGAAGGACGACGAGGCUGAGGGCAUGGACGUCGACGGCGACAAGAAGGACGACGAGGAGGAUGCCGAGAAGGAGAAGAAGAAGCCGGAGCCCACGAAGGAGGAGCUGUCCAACCCGGCGAGGGUCACGCCGGCGCAGGAGAGGUACGUGCGGUUCGACGAGGGCAGCAGGUUCGUCCCGGCGGUGGCGGAUCUCAGGCGCGGCUUCGUGGUGCUCAAGGAUACCACCCCGGGGGAGGACAUCGAGUACGUCGCCGCGACCAGGACCCUGGUGCCGGGGGUGACAAACACGGGCGGCGGGGCCGCCGCGGCUGCGCCCGUGGAGGAGGAGCCGGCGCCGCCCGAGGAGUUCGAGUUCGACCCGAACGACGUGUAGGGUGUACGAUUCGUUUAUUGUUGUUCCCCAGAGUUGCGUGUGUUGGGAUGAAAUGCAAACAGAAAAUGAGGAA